UUCUUCACCCGGAAACCUGUUUGCUCUCCUCGCCCAAACCCCCAAAGGCCAAAAGCCCAAAACCCUCGCCGUCGGGUGGCGCGGUUGCCUCUCCCGCCGCCGCGACAUCAGUAACGCAUUACAACUGUAUACACCAUAAUAAAAGGCUGCAGAUUUUGUCCCAAUUCCAGCUUUUUCUUUCGAUGUUUUAGCUAAAAUUGACUCAAUUUGAAGUUGGCAGGCCCCUUCCAAUUUCUUUCCCAAUCUGCUAAUCCUCGAUAUAAUCUGUGCUGUGCUGCGUUAAAUCCCCAAAUUCGCAGUGCGGCGCCGCCCCAGCCACGCCGGAAGAGGUCACCGCGUGAGUUCACUGUCCCCGUCGCCGUCGCCUCCGCCUCUAACCCGAACCCCAGGCGGCCGUCGGUGAAGAAGAGGGAGCAGCAACCGCAGGAGGAGGAGGAGGAAGCGGCGGAGGAGGGGGAGAAGCGCCCAGCGAAACCAGACUUCCUGCCGCUGCCGCCGUUCAUGGCGAAGCUGGGCCCGGGGCAGGGGCUGGGGUGCGAGGCGGCGGAGGGGUCGCUCGUGCCCAGCCGGAAGCGGGAGUACAAGCCCUGCGGCAAGCACACUGAGGGGAAGCGCCCGCUCUACGCCAUCGGGUUCAACUUCAUGGACGCGCGCUACUACGACGUCUUCGCCACCGUCGGCGGCAACCGCGUGACAACUUACCGUUGCCUUGAGAAUGGUAGUUUUGCUGUUCUACAAGCUUACGUUGAUGAGGAUAAGGAUGAGUCAUUCUACACUCUAAGUUGGGCUCGUGAUCAUGUUGAUGGCUCACCACUUCUGGUGGCAGCAGGAAGCAAUGGGAUCAUUCGGGUCAUCAACUGUGCUACUGAGAAGUUAGCUAAGAGCUUUGUUGGCCAUGGUGACUCAAUAAAUGAGAUAAGAACUCAAGCAUUGAAGCCUUCGCUCAUCAUUUCUGCAAGCAAGGAUGAAUCUGUUAGGCUAUGGAAUGUCCAUACAGGGAUCUGCAUCUUGGUAUUUGCUGGAGCUGGAGGUCAUCGCAAUGAAGUGUUGAGUGUUGACUUCCACCCCAGUGAUAUUGAGCGUUUUGCAAGUUGUGGCAUGGAUAACACUGUGAAAAUCUGGUCAAUGAAAGAAUUUUGGCUAUAUGUUGACAAAUCAUAUUCUUGGACUGAUCUUCCAUCAAAGUUUCCAACAAAAUAUGUCCAAUUCCCGGUCUUGAUUGCUGCAGUACACUCUAACUAUGUUGAUUGUACAAGAUGGCUUGGUGACUUCAUCCUGUCGAAGAGUGUUGACAAUGAAAUUGUGCUUUGGGAACCAAAAACAAAAGAACAGAGUCCUGGCGAGGGAAGCAUCGAUAUUCUUCAGAAGUACCCUGUGCCAGAGUGCGACAUCUGGUUUAUCAAAUUUUCGUGCGAUUUUCACUUUAAUCAGUUGGCAAUAGGAAAUCGUGAAGGCAAAAUCUAUGUGUGGGAAGUGCAGUCAAGCCCUCCUGUCCUAACCGCCCGGCUAUAUAAUCAACAAUGCAAAUCUCCAAUAAGGCAGACUGCAGUGUCCUUUGAUGGAAGCACGAUCCUUGGAGCUGGUGAGGAUGGCACCAUUUGGAGAUGGGAUGAAGUGGAUCAUGCGAGCGCCAAAAACUGAAGCAAGUGCAGCUGCUCUGCCGCCAUUGGCAUCUUGUUCCGUAGUGGUUAGCAUUAUGGUCGUUCAAAACUGCAACCUGGUUGUUCUGAAGUCAGGAGAAUGGUUGUUAACUGAAUGUUCAAUGUUUGGAUGUUGGCUGUUAUGCUUCGAAUGUUGUAACUUGGAAUGAUUGCGCUGUUAUAUUGCGCCAUGGACAAGUUACAUUUAAACGUUGUUGCAACUUUGGAAACCAUUGUCAUCCAACUAUAUGUACUGGUGGAUGAUACUAACGGCAAUUAAUGGAAGUCUUGCCUUCUGCGAGAA